AUUAACUGCACUAAUGUGUGAGUACUUUGACCGGGCACAACUAAAUCACACGCUCAAAGUAUAUCUACCUGAGUGCAACUUGCAAAAGGAUUCAUGGAAAGCAGAAUUGAAAGAAUUCAGUAGCAAUAAUGGGUACGAUCUCAACAGGAAUGGAGAUAGUGGUCCUUUGCUUCUCGAUGUACUCUAAGGAUUCUUGAAGUAUGAGAAUCUAACUCAAGGCAGGGGAUCUGGAAGGAGAGGAUCAGAAAAUGAGUCCUUAUCUAACUUAGACUCGAGGAACAUGCGGAGGCCCUCUUCAUCAUCUGUUGCUGGUGGUUUACCUCCUUUAGGAAGGUGCUGAGCCAGUUUUGCUUUAGCAUUGUGAAUCGGAAUCCCCCUAUGUUCAAUUCAUUAAUUGUUUGUCAUUUUUUUGGCAUGCUUAUCAAUAGGCCGGGUGCAUCAUCGUCAUCUG